AUGGGUCCAUACGCCGAAGCUCACGCACAUCCUCAAGGCCCCGGAGAUGCUCGCCCGACAGCUAUGCAGAUCAUCGGUGAUCAGUCUCUCGAGGGCAAACUAAAUGGCAAAGUUAUUGUCAUCACUGGCGCCAACUCGGGUAUCGGUCUAGAAACAGCACGCGCCUUAUCUGCGACUGGAGCAACGUUGUACCUGACCGGGCGCGACUUGCAAAAAGCGUUCGCUGCUUUUGGUGACAUUCUUGAGCCUGGUCGUGUCUCCCUUGUUCAAAUGGACACUACGUCCUCUGCCAGCGUGCGAGCUGCAGCAGAGGAAAUCCUCACAAAGUCUCACGGGCAAGUCAACAUUCUCAUUGAGAACGCGGGUGUGAUGGGGAUCCAGACUCUGACUCUCACCCCGGAAGGCCACGAGAUGCAUUUCGCAACCAACCACCUGGGUCACUUCCUGCUAUUCCAGCUUCUCAAACCUGCACUCCUCGCCAGCUCGACCCCGACUUUCCACUCCCGAGUUGUCGUCGUUGCAUCAUCGGCCCAUCGCGCCGCGGGGGACCUUCACGGGAGCGAUAACUACAGCUUUCAGAAAGGAGGAUAUAAUCACGGUCUCGCGUACGCCCAAUCGAAGCUGGCCAAUAUCUAUAUGGCAAACGAAUUAGACCGCCGCUACAACGGCCAAGGACUGCGUGCGACGAGUCUCCACCCAGGGGCAAUCGAUACGAAUCUAUCCAGACACAUUGGCAGGGAAUUUGCGGAGCAGAUUAUGAGCCUCGAGACGGUUGCUAAGGUCUUGAAGAGUCCAGAGCAAGGCGCUGCUACCACGGUUCUUGCUGCAGUGGGGAAAGAAUGGGAGGACAACGGAGGCAAGUAUCUUGAAGACUGCGAAGAAGCCAAACGAGGCGAAGAUGACGGUGACGUCUUUGGGACCGGCUACGUUCGCCAGACCUAUGAUCCAGACAAUGAGUUGCGGCUGUGGAAAGACUCACUGGAGAUGCUUGGAAUGAAAGAUGAUGUUUGA